UGAAAGGCGGCGCCUGGCAAGGCUUGGAGAGCGUGAGCGCGCGGCCAGACAGGUCCUGGCUGAGGGGAGGGAGAACGGGUGAGGAAGAAGGUGGAGGGACGGGAGUUGGGUGAAGGAAGGACGGAAGAAAGAAAGAAAGCGAGCGUACUGAACGAAGACGUUUUCACUUCACCAACCGCCAUCCGCGUUGGCGUUCACAACCAAUAAACAAAGCUGCCGGGCGCGUGUGUGGUUUUUUGUUCCUCCUCGAGGAAGAUGGCUCAGCGGGUCCGUCGGAACGGUUCACCAACCAGCUCUGUGAGCGGGACUAGUAAUAGUGGUAGUAGUGGGGGAGGAGGUAGCAGUAAUGGUGGUGCUAACAAUAGUAGUAAUAGUACUAGCGGUAGUGGUAGCGGUGCUGGCCGGCCUCAGCCCAUGAGGGCCACCGUGCCGUUUCAGUUGAAACAGGGCAGCCCGACGAGGUGUUGCGCUGGUGGAGCGGGGAGGCAGCAGCAGACGGCCUCCUCACGGAGCAGCCCCACCAGGACACAGCAGCAGGCGGCCACGGCCACCUCGCGGAGCAGCCCCACCAGGACACAGCAGCAGGCGGCCGCGGCCACCUCGCGGAGCAGCCCCACCAGGACACAACAGCAGGCGGCCGCGGCCACCUCGCGGAGCAGCCCCACCAGGACACAGCAGCAACUGCACCCGGCGACCGCCACCACCACCACCACCUCAUCUCCUUGCUCCUCGCCCACCCCUCAUUGGGCCUCGGGAGCAGAUUCUUCACGGGUCAGACACAGGAAAUCUCCAGAACACAAGGGCUCCCCAGAACGGAAGAGCCCCAACUCUCCCAUUUGCAAAGUUGACAGAUCUCGUCAGUCUCUGGUGAGCCCCUCCAGUAACAUCCGCCGCACAUCAUCGUUGGACACACUUGCAGCUCCCUACCUCACCGGUCAGUGGCCACGUGAUGUGCACAGCCAUUCUGCUCCUUGUGUGAGAGAUAAAGCUACACAGACUCCAAGUGCCUGGGCAGAAGAGAACUCUGAAAAGAAGAAGGGAUCCCACAAACGCUCAGCAUCCUGGGGAAGCAAUGACCAGUUGAAAGAGAUCGCCAAAUUGCGUCAACAGCUUCAACGGAGCAAACAGAGCAGUCGACACCACAGAGAAAAAGAGAGACAAUCUCCUUUCCAUGGCAACCAUGCAGCAAUUAUCCAAUCACAGGCACCCAUUCCAAAGACUGUUUUGAUUCCUGUGGCAAUUCCUAUUUCAAAGUCGACCGUUUCCCGAUUCCGUAACAGUGUUGAGGGCCUUAACCAGGAGAUUGAGCGAAUUAUUAUCAAGGAGAGUGGAGACAAAGAAGAGCAGAUCAUGAUUCCACAAGAUACUCCAGAUGGUCAUCGUGCUCCCUUUCCAGUACAGCAGCGAAGCAGUAGCACCCGCAGUAUUGACACUCAGACCCCAUCAGGAAUGGACCGGAGCAGUACCAGCAGCAGCCGAUCGCAGUCCGUUUCACCAACAUUCCUCACCAUAGCCAACGAAGGCAGUGGAGAGAGCCCAUGCUAUACUGAGGACCUGCUUACGGAUAGCCGAGAGAAAGAAAGUGGAACUAGCUCUCCAUUACCUAAAUAUGCCUCCUCUCCGAAGCCGAACAACAGUUAUGACUUCAAACGGGAACCACCAGAAGGCUGUGAGAGGGUGAAAGCCUUUGAGGAAACUUCACCAAAGCAGCUGCAUGAAGUUCCUCAAUUCUUCUGCCCAGAUAAAAAUAAGGUGAACUUUAUUCCUAAAAGUGGCUCUGCAUUCUGUCUGGUCAGUAUCCUGAAGCCGCUCUUGCCCACGCAAGACCUUACUCUGAAGGGCUCCAAUCACGGCCUCAUAGUUCCUGCUGCAGUUAUACCUACAGUAUCACUGGCACAACCUAUCCCUCUGCCAACACACAUGGAGCAAGAUAGAAUUUCAAGAGGAACCUGUAUGGGCCACCUGCAGCCUUCAGUACACCAGCAGUCAGCGCAGACAGAAGAGUUGGAGAAAUGAUCCAGUGAAGCAGGCCUUCGCUGGGAAGACCUACAACAAAUUCACAUAUCUGCAGCUCUACAACUUGGCAAUAAGGUUUCAGGCCCAGGGUACAGGCAAAGGUGGGCUGGGGGCAGGGGAUGUAGGGUUUCCAAUUAACUCAACAGCAAAAUUUACUAAUUGCCUUCCAAUACCAGAGUGUAGACCUUUUCACAAUGGGAGGUGGUUCUGCUAUGGCGUAUGAUGUUUGACAUACUGUACUUUAAAUGUGCAUGUUCUCCCAUUUAGGCAAGGACUAAUCUGUGGAAGGUCACAAGUUUGAGCAAGGCAAUUGGACAAAAUUUUACUUGAAAGGACUGUCACUAUUCCCCCCCUCCUUUGUGGAGCCUUAUCUUUUAAUGGUUCCUGUUCUGUUUACAUUUAAAUAAAGAUUAUAUAUAUUAUAUACAAGGUUAAUAUUUCCAAGUUAAUCAAAGGCAAUUGAAAGCCUGCUUUACACUAGUGCAACACUUGAGUGCAACAGUAGUUCUGUUCUCAGGAAAGUUUCCUCAUUUCUUUUGUGCUCAUGUAUAUUUGCUGUAUCAUUGGCCAAUUUCACAUGAGAAAGCUUAACCAGAUAAAGUGGAGAUCUUUCAAAUAGGUCAUUAUACUUUCUGAAAUAUUGCUGUUAUGUCUGUGUUAAGACAUUAGCAAUACUAGAAAUGGAAGCUAUGCGAUGGUGAAUGAAACAAUAUUAAAACUUUUCAUACUCUGUGCCCCCCUUGACCUUUCACAUCCUCCAUUGUAAUCAUACACCAUUAUAAAUUCAGCUUGUGCGUCAUUGUUGCUAAAUAAUAUUUUGCCUGUCCCCACUGGCUUUAUUGAUGCUCGUUAUUGUGCUUCUGCUUGAAACUAUUCAAUGUGUUGAGUCCUAAUGGAGGUUAUAAUUUUUUUCUGUCUUGGCUUUCAGCCACAAUUUUAAAUCCAAAUGUUGAAAAUUUAAGAUGUUUAUUUUUGCAAUUGGCUGCAAGCAAAGACCCUUAAUAUGUCAAAUGUGUAAUGUCCUGAGAAUGAGUUUUUCAAAAUGUAAAAUCUGUCUCUACACUUCUACAUCCCACCUUCCCUUUCCACUACUUCCAACUUUUAUUUGGAGGAUGUUCAUAUUGGAAACAAAUUGAUGAAUUUCACUAUUUAUUGAACAAAGCAAGUUUUGUAUUAUAAUGUUGAAACUACCCUUGAUUAUAAAGGUUAAGAAAUGUGGGAACUCUAACCCUGAGUAUGAAGUUUGCCUACAUUCUUGCCUCCCUAUUGAUCACUAAAAGUGUUUCUUCCUCAGAUGGUUAAAGCAUUCUAAGCUCGUUAACUCAUUAUCUGAAUUGACAUUUUCCCGAUUAAGGGAAAAUGCAGUGAGUACAGAUCAACUGUGAUUUAAUUAAAUGGCAUAACAGGCCUGAAGAGCUGAUAGACCAACUCCUGUUCCUAUGGUGAGGAUCAGUUUAUAAAUGCUGUUUUUACAUGCUGUUUGAUAAAAUACAUGUCUCAUCCUAUUAAUUAGAAUGAAGAGAUUGGCAAUGAGUCACCAGGUCCUGAUUUCUUUUAAAUUGUGUUAAUUUCUACCAGAUUUCUUGGAUUCUGUAUUCAUAGAGUGCAUGUUCUAAUUGAAGGUACUCAGUGAAGGCAAUCAUACGUUUGUGUGAAUGAGAGAUGAGCUCACUGUGUUGCAGGGUUUGCAUGCAACCUUGAGUCUGGGAGGGAUCCUUUCAUUUUAUAUAUUCAGGAAGUAUUGACUUCAAUAGCCAGGCAAAUUGCAGGAAACACACUGUCUCUUUAUAGAUCAUCACAAUCUAAUAGCUUCUGAGAUGGUACGCAAUAUAUUGUAUGAGAAAUCUUUCCUCUAUCCACUAGAAUCUUGCCAGCCUUCAAGAUGGAAUCUCUAAUUUGAGAUAUAUUUUAAAAAUAGCAUCUGUUAUACAGCUUUUGGAGGUUGGAUAUUGUUGACAUAGGCAUUUUGUUCCAGCUGCUGUUUGCAGAUUUAUUGCAGAGGUUUAUUUUUCAUAUCUUGAGGGUCUGAUUCAAAAAUAAGGGGAGUCUACAGUUAGUAAGUAGGUAUUGUUAGUCUCUGUUAGCGACAGGUUGAAUUGAGGUGGGAGUGUUAUUUUUGGAGGGAAAAAGUAGGGUCUGUUAUAGGAUUUUAUCCUGGAAUAAUCUUUGGACUAAUUGCCUUGUGAAAUGAGCUUUGUGCAAUGACUAAGCUUUUGAUAAUGUCUUUCAUCUGGAAUUUAAAAGCUGUUUUAAAAAAAAAGUUGCUCACAGCCCAGGGUAGCCAUGGAAGUGAGAACUGUGUACUGGUAACUGAGGAAUUUGAGCAAGUUGCAAAAUAUAUGGACUAAAGUUUUGAAAAGGAGACCCCUUUGAUGUCUGGAUAUCCUUGCUUUCGUUUUACCAGAAUUUAACUAGGCAUGUGAAUGUGCCAGCAACUCCUUGUCAUCUCCUAGGACUGACAGUAGUCUAUCCUUUAUGUCGUCUUUUUUUUAAAAAGUUAAUCAUUAACUGCUUUCCAAUCCUUGGUUUCAAUUUCCACUUCUUAUGAUUCCUGAAAUAGAGAAAGAUGUGACCUACUUCUUUAAGUGCCCUUGUAGUAUAUCAAGCCCAGUGUCAUGUCCCUUUUUGACUUACUCAGCAUUUUUGUCAAUAUAUAUCCCUGUGCCUUAUCCCCUCAUUUCCUUUCUAAAUAAAGGAGCUGUUGUUCUUAGGAGAUUGCCACUGCUCUCCUUUUGUGAAAACAGCAAAUAUUCUUAUAAUAUUUACUAUUCCCUGAUUACUUGACAUUGUCACCAUUGGGAUUGCUCAGUUGUAUUGUUUUUCUAUACGUUUGCAAAAUGUAUUAAUCAAAACAUUGACAGUUUUAAUAUUCACUGCUAUCCUCAUCUCCUGUCCUGUGUUUACUGUGUUCACCAGUUUCUUAGCCCUCCAUACAUUUACCUUGUUUUGCUGUGUUGUCUGCAGUUUUAUGUUGUAUGAGCUUAAGAACAGGAGUAACUGUUAGCCCUUCAAAGCUGUUUUGCUGUCCACCAUAGAUGCUGCCUCACCUGAGAACUUCCAACACUUUCUUAAUUUAUGAAACAUAACUCUCAAACUUUUAAUUUCAAACUCCUUGAGUUAAAAGCUAAUAUUCUAUUAAUUGUUUUGAUUACUUUUAGUGGUUUGUGUCUAUCUGUUUUAAAAGCAACCACUUCUAUUUGCAGUCACCCAGUGAUUAUUGUUCUUUCCUUUUCCUUUACCCUUAUACCACUCCUUAAAUCUUUUGAAUGUUCUCAUAUCACCAUUUUAGCAUGCACAUUGAUUGCUCUGUACAAAACAAACUGAACUCUCUCUUUAAAUGGGUGAGGUUCACAGUUGCUAAGCUCCUCAUGUCAACUGUGCUGACUCUUAUAAUGUCAAGGAACCUCUCCUGUGCAUAGCGAUUGAUUAGCAAUAAGGCAUUCCAAAUGAGUGACUGCAAUUGUGUUGGAGUGAAAUGUUUGCAGCACCUGUUAUUAUGACUGGACCAUUAUAAUCUAGUAAGAAAAUUUAUGUACAAUGUUUGUACACGCCAGAAAGAACCAGUCACAUCAAUUGAGCAUUUUAUGUCAGUGUUUCACCACUAAAACCUCUCCUCAGUUAGCCACACGUCUUACUCGACUUGAGGUUUGCAUGGAGGCAAGAGCCAUUGAUGGGUGACCUAAAGUAUAAAUCUUUUCCACUUUUCGUUAAGGUGAUGUUCUCAUGUGAAAGAGGCCUUUUCUUACCCAGACUGGGUGAAUUCAGUCAAUCUCUUCUCAAUGUUUUAAGAAGUCUUAAAAUUGCUUUGGCAUUUUUCAGAGACUUGGGGUAAAGAAAAAUGUUUUAUUGUUAGUAUGUUUGGAAAAAGUUAUAUAGUAAAUGUAAUGUCUAUUUUCUAAACCCUUUUCUUAUGCUGAGCUUUGUGUACUAGGUCUAGAAAUACACUCUUGGAUUUCAAGAUCAAUGUUAAAUAUUAUUAUUGCAACAAUCUGAGUAACACAUUAGACUAACUUGUUUCAGAGACACUGGAUCUGUAGCCCUCACAUAGGGAAAACCUUAUGUUUGAAAUUUUCAGAAAAAGCAAGACUGUUUUUAUACUGCCUUGUACCUUCUGAGGAUCUGUCACAGACCUUCACCAAUGAGUUCCACCUUUAACUGUACGCAUUUGGUUUAGCAUCACUUAAUGGUUUCGGUGCAAUUCUGCCUCAGAUUGUUAUGGCACCCCAUCCUUGAUGCUAACUCGAGUGUCCCGAAUAAAUCAGGAGUAACUUGGCUCCAGCAUUGCAGCAGAGAGAAAUUAAACAGAUAUUCAUAUGUUAUUUAUUCCUCAAAUUUGAAGAUUAUGUUGGGCUGUAGCAGAGAAAUAAACCUUUGUUUGGAAAAUAAGAAAAAUAUCAAGCAGCUACAUUAUUACUGGGCUAGGCCAGGAAGUGUAUUGAGUUUAGUUUUAUCACUAAUAAGCAAAAAAAGUUUAUUUUUAAGAACCUUAUACCUGGUUUAGAAAGUGUUUCCUCUUUUGUGUGCUAUAACCAGCUGUUGGAGACACCUACUAUGCCUGUUUAUGCAAAAGUGACUGACUUCUCUCCCCAUAUAUCUCCAUUUUCCAUUUCCUUCUUUCUUAUUCUUCCUCCAUUUCUUACCCCUUCAUCGUUGGAAGAUAUUUCCUUCCUCUGGUAAAAUAACAUAGGUUGUGAAAUGGAGAAGUGAGUGGAUUGUGAACAUCAGGCUGCAGUUAUUGAGGUCAUAAUUCCAGCUGGCUCAGGUAGUGAAUGCUAUAUGUAAUGAAACCGCAUGAGAUAAUAUUCAGCUCUUGGGCAAGUUGUUGGGUGGGGACAGAAAGUGGUAUUUGCUCAUGACCUUUUUGUGCAGCAUGUAUAAGUAGUGAGGGUAGCGGCAGACUUGGCUGUAAUUGCUCACCACAGCUACAGCUACUCGGACUAGGCAUUAGAAAAGUAACAAUUAACUGUGAAAUUAACAGGACAUUGGGGGAGAAAGCACGUACUUUGUCAUGAAGUAAAUCAAGGUAGCAAUGUCCAAGAAGAACUGUAUCCAAAAGUAGUUUCACUGGACCAGUUUUUCAGGUAUUCUAAGGCUGUGCUACAAUAUAUUGUUUAGAAGGAUGAUUUUAUUUCUUGUUGGAAGUUCCAUCUAAAAUAUAUUGCUAAUAUUUAGCCCUAGUAAAAGCAAGAAGCCUGUUGAAAGAGUGGUGAUGUCACUGGGAAAAUUACACUGUUACUCUUUAAUGUUUGAGAUAUGUGUUAUGCCAUCACAAAAUGAAAGAGUUUCUUCUCAUUUUUUGUGUACCGCUGGCUCUUGUGGAGGUCUAGUCUGAUUAGUUAACCAUCGAGUACUUAAGUCCCUGUUUUUGUAUGAGCCUGGACAGCCUGAUCAGCUCUGGCCUUAUUUGACACACAUUGGCUAGUUUCUCACCAAGUUCACUGGCAAAUUAGGAAUAAGGAUCCUGGUUUAUUUUGUUCAUUCACCUGCUGUCCCUGCCUUGAGUGAUUAAGUUUCUCAUCUACCCCUGCUCCGCCUUCACCUAAGAAAAGGACUUUAGAUUUGGGUUAUUUCCAAUAAUUAACUACACAUUUACUGCAAACCUCCAAGAGAAAAUGAAGCCAUACAGUUGCAAAAAAAUGAGAGCCAGUCCUCGAUGGUUAUGUUGAUAACUGUCUUGUCCAUGCUCAGGGCAAAUCUCUGGUGGUGAGUCUACGAUUCAGUGUUUUAAAAAAAUGGUGUUAGAACUUUCGGACAAAUUGGCAGGAUUUUUGAUUAUGAUGGUGUCCAGUGACUGAGAGUUGGAAACUUGACAGCUGGGUGAAGACAUGAUCAGAUUUGACAGCAACACACAGGCAAAAUACUGCAGAUGCUGGAAAUUUGAAUUAAAAACCAAAGAAAAGCUAUGAAUUUACCCAGGACAGACAACAUCUGUGGAGAGAAAGUUCAAGAUUCAACUUGCGUGACCUUCCAGUGGGACAGCUAGACCUGAAACAUUAACUCUGUUUCUCUCCACAGAUGCUGCCUGACCUGCUGAAGUUCAACAAUGUUUUUUGUUUCUAAAUUCAGGUUUGACCAUGAGGACAGUCAGCUUCCAGGAUUCUGUAUUUAUUGCAGUUUGAUGUUAUCUGACAUUCAAGAUUAUUCUGUGUUUGAUGAAUCCACCAUUCAGUGUAUGAACUGAUUUUCUGCACUCCAGCCGCCUCUUCAUAUAUAAACUAUUCAAAUCCAUCAAUAAGAUUCCAACCUCUAAGACAUUCUCAGGAUCUAUCCCUUCAGAUUCCAGACUCCUGAGUGUCUAUUUCAGUUACAGAUCUUUUAAAGUCAAGGUGUUUCAACCCAUCAUUUAAGAUGUGUAAAUCCACACUAUGCAAUGGCUGUGUUUCAGUUUGUCAGACCUUGCCACUUGUAACAUAUUACCACAUUCUUUGCCUUGAUGGCAGCAGAGAGAAGACAGUUUUAAGUUCAUUUUAUCAAGAGUUUUUCCCUGCAUUGAAAGCCCGUGCUUCUGCCUUACUCUGGGGCAGUUUGUUCCCUGAACCUUCCUUCAAUUGGAAGGUUGAACUAGGAAUUCUGCUGCUAAUGCAUUAAGCUACCCUGUGUUCUCAGUUUCAGGAUAUUGCUCCAUUUGGAAGGUCUUGCCUAUUUCUACUUUUAAACAUUGUGAUUGGGCCAUUUAUAGAGAGAACUGCUCAACACUGCUUAAAAUAAUUCAGUCUUGUUCUUGGCCUGGCACAGUUCCACAGCCAAUAGAGAUUGUAACAACCCAAGAAUCACUGCCAACUUCCCUUAUAUCUGGUUGUUGAGGUUAAUGAUUGAAUGCUGCCUAUUUUGGGUGAUGAAACAAUUAUUGAGAACUUACUUGGUGCUUCUGGUAUCAAUAGAUUUAAGUAAACCACUCAUUUUGAUUGCCAAAGCACUGGUGGUACUGUAACUUAAUUUUAUUUAUGUUUUGGGGAGGUGACUGGGUUAAGCAACUCUUUCUGUUGGUCCAAGACUACAUUUUGCAGAAACAGAUCCAGUGACUCUGUUAGUUUAAUGCUGCUGACCAAAUGUUUAGGAGUUGUUGAAAUUCACUCAUAACAAGUGAGAAUUGCAACCUUUGAACUGGAAACUCCCUUUGUAUUGCAUGAAACGUACAUAAAACAAGUAAAGCGGAUGAUUAGCAGGA